UCCCACGCACAUGCGCGACGAGCAUACCGGCCGCAUCUCAUUUCUCUUUCCUCGCCUCUUUCUCCUUGAUUCCUCUCCUCGAUUCCGCAGGAAAUGGGUGAGGACGUCUCAUUGACAGAAGAAACAUAGAGAGGAGCGAGGAAAGAGAAGUGAGACGCACUCACGGUGAUUCCCAGAUGCAAUGCCCUCGACUGCCUGGUCCCGCUUUUAUUCUACGCAUGCGCAGUUGUAGAAAAACAGAUGGAAUUUGGCUCGUGCAAAAAAAGGUCAUUAGUUAGACUUCCUUUCUAGCAGCAUUUCUGAAAAUCAGAUGGAUUAUGAAUGCUUUUCAAAGGUGUGAAGAUCAUAGGUUACCAGCUUGUCUUCUUCUCAAAGCCUUUAUGUGAAAAAGGCAUGCAUGCUCUGCACCAGCCUACAUGAAAUAGGUUCGAUAUUGCUUGGCCACUAGGUGAAUGAUUAUCAAAUUUAUAGCAACAACAACACAACGGUAUCUCCAUACUGGGAUCGAAUAUCAUUCGAGGAUUUUACGCGCACCCGCCACUGGAUAAAGAGAGCAACGCGAUUUGGUUACAGUCAGGAUGGUGGCAGAGAUGGCGAGCUGCGGCGCUGCUACUUCAAAUGAAGACUGCGAUGGUGAUAUCCCUGCCCCUCAGGACCAAGAUAACCAAGCAGACAGUGACAGCACCAGUGCAGAUAACACAGAGUCAUCCAGUGAAGACAGUUCAGAGGACGAGGACAACGAUGAAGAGGAAAAGGUGUCAGGUUCAGCAGAUGGUGAUGAUCUUUCUUCAGAAGCAAAUGGAGACAAAGAAGAUCGACCUUUCAAGUUUUGCUGUGAAAAAUGCAAGGCAAUACAACAGAGCCAUGGAAAAGAACUUGUGACACCCAUAAGGAUAGCAAAGGGGAGAUUACAAGUCGAGCUGGAUGGAGAGGGCACAUAUGAAUGCAAUGUGACUGGACUCGUGUUUGAGGCAUCUGAACCAGUCGUGGUACGAUACUCAGUCUUGUCCUGGACCAAAUUUGGGGCGUUUCUGGAGAACUCCUGGAGGUUUGCUGGUCCCAUCUUUAAUGUGGACACGGUGAAUAAAGAUGCAUCUGUGCUCAAGUCUAUCCAGUUUCCGCACUCUGUCUGUCUUGCAGAUCCAGACAGUGACCGGACAUUCAGUGUUCUGCACAUAAAGAAUCAGCGUCCCUUCAUUGAGCCCACAGUGGACCACUCAGGCAGUCAUGUAAAGUGGCAUGUGACCUCACUGUCCCCCGUGGGUCCCAUCAUCCAGACCAGCCAGCCGGUGGAGCACCACGGGGUUGUGCUCAUUUACAAACAGGUUGCCAUCAGUGACAACUGCCACAGUUUCCACAUCUAUCUGGCCACCAACAGUCCCUCUGACAUUAAGGACAUUCGCAAUCAGGUACGUGGUUACAAGAACCGUUACAUCAGCAUUGAGAAACCUCCCACUUGUAAACUGGAUGAAGGCACUUACCGUCUUCUGUGUGAGCCAGAGGGAGAGGUCAAACCUCAGGAGCUGAAAUUCACUCUUGCAGUGACAAAAAUGAAGGGUUAUUUUGAGGCUUUUUUUGAGCAGCCUCCUCCGUUUAAAAUGUCUCUUAUAGAGACGUCUACUGAUGCAACAGUCUGGUCUGCUACCAUCAGAGAAGGUGACUGUGUGGAUACAGAAAAGAAGCCUCGAAAGAGAAUAUUCAGCCAACGGAGAAGCAGCAGUCCAUCUGAAGAAGAAACUAAUGGUAAAAAGUCACGAUGGGAGGAUGAGCCAGAUGGAUGUAAACCUACCAAGACUCAGGCCCAAGAUAUGUCAGAGAGGCAGCUGCUGCAGGUGGCCAAACAGCUGGGGAAGGAGUGGAAACAGGUGGCCAUAUAUUUGGAUUUGAGCUCUCGGGACCUGGAUGAUAUUCAGACGGUGGAGAAGGAUGUGACCAUGCAGAAGCUGAAGAUGCUGGUGGAGUGGAAGAGUAGGAGGGGUCCAGGACAGGCCACACCCUCCCAUCUGUGGAGGAGCAUCAAAGACCUGGACGACUUACCUAUUGAAUUCAUACUGACACUGGAAGGUAUGAUGGACUGUCACACACAAAAAUAGGGAGUUACAGUUGCUGGGAUGUUACUGUUUCUCAAUCAGGGAUAAAAAUCAGGAGGAAAAACUCCAGUGUUGGACCAAAUGUUUUCCUUUUUGGCACUGUCUAUGCUCCAAUACAGAAACAUGGUGUUAGUUUGAUUUUUAUAGUUUCUGUAAAAAUGUUUUUUGUAAGGAUUGUAGAUUGACCAAUAAAUGGUAUCUAGCGAUAGGUACUGGGGGUAGUAAUGACAUUGCCACAGGGCAAAUGCCAUUGUGUAAGUAGCUCACUUUGUAGCCAGUAUAUUACAUUCUAAUUACUGCAGUGUUUUAAACUGCAAACUGUGGAAGCUAUUUUGUUUUUGUUGAUACAGUUUUUAUUGUAAAAUACUCCUUACCCUCCUCGCAAUGUACUUAAUUUUUUAUUUAUUUUUAUACUUUUUUACAUCAUGUGGCAUUUCUGUCUUUGUGUCAAACUCUGACUUAAGUACAAAUGUAGAUAUCUAUACUUAACUUAAGUACAUUUUACAGUGGAUACUUUUGACUUUUACUUAACUACAUUUGAGAAUGUGUAUCUGUACUUUCUACUCCACCACAUUUUACAUCUGGACUGAAAAGUAAAAGGUUCUUGUUUCUAUAGUUUGUGACCUGCUGAAAUGGCCGCGACUUAUUUUUUAGCACAUUUAAUUUGAGUUUCUGUCCCAACUUUGAACAAACCAAACACAUAAAUGACUAGAAAAAUGGCUAGAAAAAUGAAGAAACCACUGAAUCAGUUAAAAUCAGCAAAAUUCUAAAUGUUCUAAAAAUAAAAAAUUUAAAAAAAGUA